UAAAUAUUUUAAGUAGAGUUUAGCAAAUUUGCAUUAAUUGCAAGGUCCACAAAAAUGGACGCGGAAAACGAAAGCUACGUGCGCAGCGCGUACCAGGUAUCGAUUAUUCCAACAGAUCUACAUCACGAGGAAACUAUAAUCAGAGCAGCACAGUCACUAGAUUGCUUACACAAAACUAUAAACUCAAUUUUUGAGCGCAUCGAUGCUCGACUGGAAAGAAAUGGUGCGAAGGUUCAGCUCAUAAACGAGCGUGUAAGGCGGGCUAAAGCGAAAAUUGAUGCACUCGUCGGUUCACAGAAGUCUAUCCAAAUCUUUGCGCCCGCACGUUUCCCCGCCAGCGGCGUUCUAAAAAACAUACCGGCCACUUUUCCGCCAGUGGUACAACAACUAAAGGACACGCCCACGAUGACGGUAGAGCAGCAGAGCAGUCGACGUCCAAAUCAUCUGAGCGACUCAAGUGAACAGAAUUCCACUGAGACUGGCGAGCCUGUUUUCUUUCACGUUCGUGGAGAGGAGCAGACUGAGACGCCCCUCGUUACUCAACGCCAGCUAACAAACCAGACAGCAGGCUUGGGCUCUCUGCCGGAUGCAAAAUCAAUGCCAGCUGUUCUGCGCUUUAACACUAACGAAUUUGCUUAUGGCGGCGGAACUAGCGGGAAUGAAGAUUUAAAUGCCUGGAAGCGAGUCAAAUCACAAGGCCAAAGAUUAUAUAAAUCUAAACCUAUUAGAGUGCAAGAGCUGGCGCCGGCGCCACACUCUCUAGCUCACGGUUCUACCAAAUUGGCAGCACCGGCUGGAGAUUUGCGCUACACGCCAGCUGCAUUAGCAGCACCUAUUAUCGAUGUGCCUCUGGAUUUGCCCGAUCUUCCGGGGAUUGCAAACGACUUGCAAUACGAACCAGUUGAGGAGCAAAUGAAAAUAGCGCCCUCGCAUCAAUUUAUCGACUUGCCGGAUUUGCCAGACUUAUUGGAGUCAGAGAUCCCGGUUAACGUGGAGACUGAAAUAACAGUGAUGGCUUUGCCAGAUCAAACGAAUGUCACUCGUAAAGUUCCACAAAAAGUGGCACCUUGCAAGGUGCUACCACCGCCUCCUCCUCCACCACCGCCACCACCACCACCUCCUCUUCUAGAAAAACCAACAUCUUUGCCAACGGAAGGUCCAAUAAAGCCCAUAUCGCCGUCUAAUGAAACACCGCUGAACAUUCCCAACUCCCGCGCACCUCCUCCACCCGAUCCAAGGUCUGAGCUCAUGGAUGCUAUACGCAAGGCUGGCGGCUCCCAGGGCGGUCGUUUGCGCUCAUCCGCUGCUGCCCCCGUAGAUGUCGUGGACAUGGACGCUCACAAAUUAAACAACUCAUCUCGUGCAAGGGCAGGUGGUGAUCUAAUGGCAGACUUGCAUAAUAAACUGAUGCUGCGCCGGAAAGGCAUCUCCGGUAAUCCGAACGCACCGGAUUCAUCUGGAAAUCCCAUGAUGCUGCACUUGUCCAAGGUGAUUUCUACGCAGGUGCAACAGUCAACGGGUUCUAUAUCUAGUGAUGAUAAUUCCGAUGACGAAGAUGCAUGGGCGGAGUAGUAGCAAAUUUAGUUAGCAUUAAAUUAAUAACAGCUAUGUGCCUUGCUUUAAGCAUUAGUUUAUAUCACAUCCAAGUUUUGAACAAAUUAAUCAAUAAAAA